AUGCUUUCCCCUCUUCAUAAAGUACUGAACAAACCCGGAAAGCCUACCGCGUUGACAUCCGUAAACGAUUUGGAUGAAUAUCUGUCCCUGUCAUUCUCAUUCGAUUCUACACAACUCGCCUCCCCAAAACGGAGAACGCUUGAUGACCUCGGUACGGAAACGUGGAAUGAAUGCGUCAAAGAGUUAGCUAAACCGCAGAACAUCUCUCGGGUUGAAACCAUGAAAAUCCUGGGCAAAUUGAUGUUUCUUGCAUUCUUACUCGUCGAAUGGGGUAUGGACGAGGAAAGUGAUGGUUCUGGUAUGGGCUAUUCAGAUCUUGCCAAGAAGGUUUUAGAAAGGCUGGACCGGCAUAAUUCUGGGAUUUCCAAAGAGGAAUCCUCAGAAGCCCGUGAACUAGCUGCAGAAUGCUCGUUCCAACUGUCUAUACUGACAUGGAAAGAUAGAUUAAAGGGGCUUGGAAUAGCCCAGCAACCUAUUCCGUUUGCUGUCCAGAGUCUUGAGUGGAAGACAAAGGCUGCAGACAUACUCUUCCGUAUCGGAAUAGCGAAGAAAAGGGAAGGUGAUCCGGCAGCUAUUGAAUGGUUACAAUGUUGUCACGACUUUGUCUUUGCACAGAGUGCGGAGCAAGAAACAUAUGAACAGUUCGAGUCUAUUCGACAAGCUCUCCUACACGAACUUAGUACGUGA